GGAGUUACAGCCUUUCCCUGCCUGAAUAUGGCGAUCUGUAACCGGUGUCCAGAUCAAAAUAACUCUUUAAAAGAAGACACAAUGAAUUUCUACUCCCCACCCACUCUGAUGGAGGUGGCAAUACAGAGUCUACUGACAGAUGAGUACUUGGCCAUUUCUGCUCUCAAGGACCUGCCCAAUAUGAUGUUCCCAGAGAUGUUUAAGGAGGCAUUUAUUGAUGGACAUACAAAGAUCUUGACUGCCAUGAUACCUGUGUGGCCCUUCCCAUGCCUUUCUGUAGGAAUGACGAUGAAGAACCUCAGCCUAGACACUUUGAAGGCUGUUCUUGAGGGGAUAGAUAUACUGAUUUCAAAACCAGUUCUUUCCAGUAGGUGCAAACUCAGAGAGAUCAUUUUGGGGCAAACAGAUGGUGAUGACUGUGGGAUAUGGACUGGAUCCCAUGAAGUUGAAGGCUUACCAGAGUUCAUGGAACAGGAGCAGCCAGUGGAGAACAGUCCUGACUAUGGGAUGAAGAAACAAGUGCACGUGAAGACUCAAUUACAACUCAAGGAGGACAGUCUUGAUGAAUGUGCCACAUAUUUGUUGCAGUGGGCCCAGCAAAGAAAAAAUUCCACUCAUUUAUGCUGUAGAAAUCUGAAGAUUCUGGGCUCAAGCAAAGCCACAGUCAUAGAAAUUUUCAAAAUUGUACAUGCAGACUGUAUAAAAAGCCUGGAGCUAUGUUGUCUUUGCCUAGAUGAUUGGGAUUUUCUUAAUCCCUACCUGAAACAGAUGAAAAAUAUUCUCUCACUCACACUAGAUGGAAUCACAGAUACCUACAGUAUGGAUGACAAUAGAAAUCUUGAUGAGGAGAAUGUGAUCACAGUGAUUUCUCAACUUCCCACACUCCACCAUCUCCAGGAACUCUAUGUAGAGGAUGUCUUUUUUAUAGAAAGCAACCUAAAAGAAUGCCUCAGGUGCCUGAAGAAGCCCUUGAAGGUACUUUGGAUCACUAGAUGUUACCUCUUCCAGUCAGACUUGGAUUACCUGCCCUAUUGCCCGAAUAUUUUUGAGCUCAAAUAUUUCCACCUGAUUGAAAUACGUUUAAGUCAUUUACUCCUUGAGCCUCUUGGGUUUCUCCUUGAGAGACUUAGAGAUACACUGGAAUGCCUGCAAUUGAACUCAUGUGAAAUGGGGGAAAUUCAUUUCAAUGCCCUGCUGCCUGCCAUAAGUCAAUGUUAUCGACUCACAGAAGUCAAUUUCUAUGGUAACAAACUCUCUCUGCUUUUCCUGAAAAAACUUCUACACCACACAGCCAACCUUAGCCAGCUAAUUACUGAGAUGUACCCUGCCCCUCAGGAGUGCUAUGAUAACAGGGAUGUAAUACUACCUCACCGAUUAGAAAUUUUUUGCCCUGAACUCCUGGAUAUACUCAGGGAUAAGACAGCCAGAGGAUGUCACCUUUGCUACAACCAGAUGCUCUAA